CCGCCCCUAGUCUCCACGCUGCUCCCCAAGCCUCCCCUAGUCUCCACGCUGCUCCCCAAGCCUCCCCUAGUCUCCACACUGCUCCCCCUAUCCCACGCCUCCCCACCCCUAGUCUCCACGCUGCUCCCCAAGCCUCCCCUAGUCUCCACGCUGCUCCCCAAGCCUCCCCUAGUCUCCACACUGCUCCCCAAGCCUCCCCUAGUCUCCACGCUGCUCCCCAAGCCUCCCCUAGUCUCCACGCUGCUCCCCAAGCCUCCCCUAGUCUCCACACUGCUCCCCAAGCCUCCCCUAGUCUCCACGCCUGCUCCCCAACCUCCCCUAGUCUCCACACUGCUCCCGCAAGCCUCCCCUAGUCCUCCCACACUGCUCCCCAAGCCUACCCUAGUCUCCACACUGCUCCCCAAGCCUCCCCUAGUCCUCCACACUGCUCCCCAAGCCCACCCUAGUCUCCACACACUGCUCCCCAAGCCUCCCCCUAGUCUCCACACUGCUCCCCAAGCCACCCUAGUCUCCACCUGCUCCCCAAGCCCACCCUAGCUCCACGCUGCUCCCCAAGCCUCCCCUAGUCUCCACACUGCUCCCCCAAGCCUCCCCUAGUCUCCACGCUGCUCCCCAAGCCCACCCUAGUCUCCACACUGCUCCCAAGCCCACCCUAGUCUCCACACUGCUCCCCAAGCCCCCCCUAGUCUCCACACUGCUCCCCAAGCCCACCCUAGUCUCCACACUGCUCCCCAAGCCCACCCUAGUCUCCACACUGCUCCCCAAGCCUCCCCAAGUCUCCACACUGCUCCCCAAGCCUCCCCUAGUCUCCACACUGCUCCCCAAGCCCCCCCUAGUCUCCACACUGCUCCCCAAGCCUCCCCUAGUCUCCACACUGCUCCCCAAGCUUCCCCUAGUCUCCACGCUGCUCCCCAAGCCUCCCCUAGUCUCCACACUGCUCCCCAAGCCUCCCCUAGUCUCCACACUGCUCCCCAAGCCUCCCCUAGUCUCCACACUGCUCCCCAAGCCAUCCCCUAGUCUCCACACUGCUCCCCAAGCCUCCCCUAGUCUCCACACUGCUCCCCAAGCCGCAGAUCCUCUGGAUUCCAUCCACCGUGUAUUUCUGUAAUGGAAUCAGCACCUUCCAUCCAGAAAGCCAGUUUGUCUGCUGCUUUUCUCGAGCAGUUGAGUGAUUACAUGCUGCCACCUCAAAAAAGCAUACAAUUCUACCUCUGUCUUCGUAGCUGUUCCAUCAGUUUGUGUGGGUUGUUUGCUCUGACACACUCGCUCUCCCUCUCUCUACCCUUUCCUAUCCCUCUGUUUUCUUCCCCACUCUGUUCUCUCUCCCUCUCUCCGCUCUCCUCCUCUAGGUGUGGGGGAACGGUAGGAGCCAUCCUGACCUGUCCCCUGGAGGUGGUGAAGACCAGACUCCAGUCAUCCCACAUCACACUCUACGUGUCUGAGGUGCAGCUCAGUACCGUCAAUGGGCCCAGCGUAGCACGUAUGUCCCCUCCAGGACCCCUGCACUGCCUCAAGUGGGUAUUAUAUUCUGCCUGCAUAAUUUGAUUUACUAGCAUUGUCAUAUUAACAUACAGUAUCAGCUCACAAGAUCAAACAGGCGUAGGCUUUUAUUUCAAUGUCUAGUGAUGUUUAUUGUUAACCAUCAAAUACAAUAGUUUAUGCUUGUGUUAUUGGUUUUGAUAGUUUUGGAUUUAUUACUGUCAUUGCCCUCUAGCUUUGCACAUUAAACUUCACAGUAAACAGUCCUAAGUAGCCUAACGUGUAGAAAUCUCAAAAUACCAGAGAGUAAAAAUGAGCUGGUCUAUUUUGGGUGUUUGCACGCCCUCCGCUUUACCCCCUAUCCCCUUGUGGGGUUUGGCUGCAGGAUCCCUCCCUCCUCACGAAAUCCCAUGUUGCUCUGGCCCAUUUCUCCUUGGCAGGCAGAGCCAUGUGGACUGAAAUCCAACUCCUAGAGCACCUCUCUCUCUCCUACCUUCAGAGGAAGGCCUGUCUGGGGAUCUGUAGCCUACCCCAGCAGCAGGAUAUAUCACAUCAGUCCUAUCCUAUCAUACUUAAUGUUUUUCUCUCUGCAAGUUGUUGUUGCAACCCAGCAAGGCUUUCGGCAGACCCUAUUCCUAGUUCUUUUUUAUGAACUCCACUGAAGUUUCAGUGAAAAGAAUGUGAGUGUUUGUGUGGUGGGUAAGGGAAUUGAGAUGUUCUGUUUUUGUCUUCAGGUUGAUUCUUGAGAAAGAAGGAGCCCGCUCUCUGUUCAGGGGCCUGGGGCCUAAUCUAGUGGGCGUGGCCCCCUCCAGGUAAGCACCUAACAUUACUUUUAAAAAUGUAGAUACAGUUGAAGUCGGAAGUUUACAUACACUUAGGUUGGAGUCAUUAAACUCGUUUUUCAACCACUCCACAAAUGUCUUGUUAACAAACUAUAGUUCUGGCAAGUCGGUUAGGACAUCUACUUUGUGCAUGACACAAGUAAUUUUUCCAACAAUUGUUUACAGACAGAUUUUUUAGCUUAUAAUUCACUGUAUCACAAUUCCAGUGGGUCAGAAGUUUACAUACACUAAGUUGACUGUGCCUUUUAAACAGCUUGGAAAAUUCCAGAAAAUGAUGUCUUGGCUUUAGUAGCUUCUGAUAGGCUAAUUGACAUCAUUUGAGUCAAUUGGAGGUGUACCUGUGGAUGUAUUUCAAGGCCUACCAUCAAACUCAGUGCCUCUUUGCUUGACAUCAUGGGAAAAUCAAAAGAAAUCAGCCAAGACCUCAGAAAAUAAUUGUAGACCUCCACAAGUCUGGUUCAUCCUUGGGAGCAAUUUCCAAACGCCUGAAGGUACCACGUUCAUCUGUACAAACAAUAAUACGCAAGUAUAAACACCAUGGGACCACGCAGCCGUCAUACCGCUUAGGAAGGAGACGCAUUCUGUCUCCUAGAGAUGAAAGUACUUUGGUGCGAAAAGUGCAAAUCAAUCCCAGAACAACAGCAAAGGGCCUUGUGAAGAUGCUGGAGGAAACGCAUACAAAAGUAUCUAUAUCCACAGUAAAACGAGUCCUAUAUCGACAUAACCUGAAAGGCCGCUCAGCAAGGAAGAUGCCACUUCUUCUAAACCGCCAUAAAAAAGCCAGACUACGGUUUGCAACUGCACAUGGGGACAAAGAUCAUACUUUUUUGGGGAAAAUGUCCUCUGGUCUGAUGAAACAAAAAUAGAACUGUUUGGCCAUAAUGACCAUUGUUAUGUUUGGAGGAAAAAGGGAGUUGCUUGCAAGCCGAAGAACACCAUCCCAACCGUGAAGCACGGGGGUGGCAGCAUCAUGCUGUGGGGGUGCUUUGCUGCAGGAGGGACUGGUGCACUUCACAAAAUAGAUGGCAUCAUGAGGAAGGAAAAUUAUGUGGAUAUAUUGAAGCAACACCUCAAGACAUCAGUCAGGAAGUUAAAGCUUGGUCGCAAAACAUACUUCCAAAGUUGUGGCAAAAUGGCUUAAGGACAACACAGUCAAGGUAUUGGAGUGGCCAUCACAAAGCGCUGACCUCAAUCCUAUAGAAAAUGUGUGGGAAGAACUGAAAAAAAAAGUGUGCGUGAGCAAGGAGGCCUACAAACCUGACUCAGUUACACCAGCUCUGUCAGUAGGAAUGGGCCAAAAUUCACCCAACUUAUUGUGGGAAGCUUGUGGAAGGCUACCUGAAAUGUUUGACCCAAGUUAAACAAUUUAAAGGCAAUGCUACCAAAUACUAAUUGAGUGUAUGUAAACUUCUGACCCACUGGGAAUGUGAUUAAAUAAAUAAAAGCUGAAAUAAAUCAUUCUCUCUACUAUUAUUCUGACAUUUCACAUUCUUAAAAUAAAGUGGUGAUCCUAACUGACCUAAGACACUGCAUUUUUACUAGGAUUAAAUGUCAGGAAUUGUGAAAAACUGAGUUUAAAUGUACUUAGCUAAGGUGUAUGUAAACUUUCAACUGUAAAUGAAAUGAUAGUACUGUAUGAUAAUUUCAUAUUUCAGGAUAAACAAUAUCACCAACCACAUUUCCAUACAACUAUUUCAUGCGGAUGAAUUACCUGACGCAUGAAAGAAGUCACAACCAGGCUGAUGGAAACAUUAAAUGCCAGUACAAUUUUAUAAAUGCCGACAGACAAUUUGUUCAUUCGACAUGUUGGGAUCUUUUUGUUUCUGUAAAAUUAAUUAUGCGAGAAAUGGCGGUGGAAACGCCAUUAUGCGCAAAUAUUGAUAUAAUAAUCACAAUUUUGAAGUAAACUUUGAGUCACACAAUGAUAUGUUGUGUGGUCCUCCCACUACGACUCGAGAGAGCAUGCAGUUUAUUAGGCUACAGAUUAAAUAAGAUGAACAUCACAGGGUGGUGAAAGUGCAAGGUGAUGAGCUUGAUGCUCCUUUCCAAUAAAUAUCAAGGGUCUUAUUCUGGUGACAUGAUUAUCGAUGCUUGGCUGCCGUUUGACAAAUGCAAAUAAUAUCACUCUUAUCCAAUAAUAAUAAUCUCAUGUAGACUAGCCUACCCACACUGUAUCUGCCAGCUGUUGGCUAGAGCGCAUGUGCCAAGACGUUACAUUUUAGUCAUUUAGCAGACGCUCUUAUCCAGAGCGACUUACAGUUAGUGAAUGUGCCCAGCACAUUAUAUAUCUUUUUCCUACCCCCUGUGGGAAUCGAACCCACAACCCUGGCGUUGCAAACGCCAUGCUCUAUCAACUGAGUUACAUCCCUGCCGGCCAUUCCCUCCCUUACCCUGGACGACGCUGGGCCAAUUGCGCGCCGCCCCAUGGGUCUCCCCCGGUCGCGGCCGGCUACGACAGAGCCUGGAUACGAACCAGGAUCUCUAGUGGCACAGCUAGCACUGCGAUGCAGUGCCUUAGACCACUGCGCCACUCGGGAGACAGACCAAAGGUAUUCACUAAGUUGAUGGUUUAUAUUUAGAAUAAUGUUUUACAGCUUUUUCCUUCCAUCUAAAAUCACCUCAUUAAAUUUGUUCAUAUAUUUUACAUGUGAUAAGGCCACACGGAGGACCAGAGACUAUUAAAGACACUUGUGAUAAUCUAAGGUACCCACAAGGGCAGCUAGAUAUCUUGUGAUAUAUUACAUAAAAUCCUUGAUAGAUACCAAAAUUCUGGUAGUUUACUGGUUAACUUAAAAAGUUUCCAGUAAUAUACCCUCCCUUUACAACUCUAAUCUAGCCUAUGUGGAAAGAGCUACUAUUAACAUUAUCUGACAUUGACCCACUGGCAGUCAACUGCACUUUUACACACAGACACACAGUCAAUGUUAGCACUGGAGUCUUUGAGUUCUCAGUUGUCGUGUAGGAAUGUCUGAGGGGUCACUUUGUUGCCAUUUGUUAAUAGAGUCAAAGUGUUCUGGGAGGUUACUGUGUCACUAUGGGGUUUGGGGUCAUCAAGUUGACGGGGGUCCAUUUUACAUCUUACAAUGGUGCUUUUACAGAGAGGAGUUCUGAAUCAAUCACUAUCACAGUGAUUAUCUUACUCUUGGUUCAUCUUUUAGACUGGACAAACAGCACUAAUGCCCAGCGCUAAUGCCCAGCACCAGGCUGUCCAUCCCACAGGUUUAAGGCUGUUACAUAACACUGUCGGUCACUGUGGAGGAUAAAGGAGAGGAAAACAACCAAACUAGGGUUUCUGGAUGAGAGAGAGAAGCCGAUCACAGCUGCAAUGAUCAGGGCUCUGAGUAGCACUGUACUCUAGCCAGCGAGUUAGCCAACCAUCUGUAGGAGUGAGAGAGAAAAGAUUAGAUGCUAAAUUGCUACUAAUGCUAAUUAGCCCCUGGCCCGCUGCUGAUGACGAGUCUAGGUGGUAGCUAAUGGUAGACUCUAGCUAAUAGUUAAUGGUAGAUGCUAGCUAAUGCUACGUCUAACAAAAGCUUGUGCUAAGCAUAUGCAGAGUGCUUUGUUGACACUCAGGGUAGACGCUGAUGCAGAUCUCUCCCAGGGUCAAACCACCUGGGCCUCUGACGCAACACAAAACGUAUAGCCUAGGCUACACACACACACACUGACUGAUAAGCUUUUAGUGGUCAGUUCUGAAGUGGUUUUUAGAAUUUGUUUUGCUCAGGGCAAGUUUGACCAUAACAUGUUUGAUGGAUGGAGGUUUAAACUACCUGUAGUGUGCCUGACUGUCUCUGCAGUUAACAAUGCUACAUCUCUGCCAAGCCAAACACAGUGAGACAAUGACAAAUUGGCUGAAGAAGCAGAAACAGCCUGGCACCGGCUAGACACAAACUUUGUCACUUUGAAAAUGUGCUUCUAGACCUACAGGUAUCUAAUUGUUGAAAAAAGACUAAGAGAUUAGACCUAGUACUUGUGUGUGUACUGAAUGUAUUUACUUAAGGUUUGCAAAAUUCCAGUAACUUUCCCAAAAUUCUUAGGUUUUUCCAUAAACCCUGGUUGGAAGUUUCCCAGUACCAAGAGGGAAUAAGCAGGAUUCCGGAAUCCUCCAACCAGGACUUCUGGAAAACUGGUGAUAAAAAAAAAAAAAAAUAUAUAUAUAUAUAUAUAUAUAUAUAUAUAUAUAUAUAUAUAUAUAUAUAUAUAUAUAUAUAUAUAUAGACCAGAAUUUUGCAUUCACUACUCUUUUUAGCACUGUGUGUUUUGUCCAAUAAUGCCUAUUUAAACUGAAACGCUCAGCCCAGUCGUUUGAUGCUGUUGGCUUUAUUCUUAAUUAGCGGGUGUGUAAUUUACAUUUACAUCAUUUAGCAGACGCUCUUAUCCAGAGCGUAAUGGUUCACCAAAUCCACGGUUCGUUAUAUAUUGCAGUUUUGGGGUCACGUUUCGGUACAGCGGGAAAGUGAAAUGCCAACAGUAACUAUAUAUAUAUAAAGAUGCACUAUGCAGAAAUUGCUCAGCCGUUUCCUGGUUGCUAAAAUUUUAAUAGUUUGCCUAAUUUUAAGUUUAUGUCACAAAACAAGUAUAUUGUAGAGAAUCAUUGUACCAUCUAAACCGCUGUGAAAUAUAUUUUCUAUAAUCAAAUAUAUAGUAUGUUUCAGCUCUUGGAAGCUAAUGCACAAAACCGAAAGUAAAAGACGCAAAAACGAAACUUAAAAACGGGAAGCAUAGAAAUAUCGCACAUCGAACAGAUCUACCGCUUCUUAGACUUACUUUCAAUGAGAAUUCACAUUUCCCAAAAAAAGUUAAUACAAAGUGUUAACUAAUUUAUUUGGCCCGGUCAGAAUCAGCUGCGAAGGGCUGCUUGAAUGCAGAAGGGAGACUAAGUUUUUAUUUUUUGCGUUUCCGUCUUGCUCUGAUGGUAGGAAUACUGGGGUGACGUCGGUGUAAAUGUGUCAACAUGUUUGAGGUGUUGGCAGCUGCAUAGGUUAUUCUCGUUGAGCAGUAGCGACUUACUGUUAACGUUUUAUCCACAACUCUCUCUCCAUUGCCAUUGUAAUCUACUGGGAAACCAACAUUUUUCUCAAACUGGAGAUCUAAACAAUGAUUGAGAAUCCUCCUGGUUUAUCGACCCCACCACUCACCAUCAUACAAAACUAAGACUGUUUUGAAAUGCGGAAAUUUAAGAUUACAAUGUUGAUUACAAUGUGUGCAUAGGCUCUAGUUGUUUUAACAGAAUAGCCUGAAAUGAUUUUUUCAGCUGUGAUUUACUCUGAGGCAUACAACACAGCGUAGACAUUGCCUAUAGGCCUAGUGUUUUAAAUGUUGAUAUAUUUUUUAUGUGUUGACCGAACCAAGGUCCCCAUACCGAACGGUUCAGUAGGAAUACAUGUUACACCCCUAUUAAUCAGCCCAGUCGUUGCGGCUGUUGGCUUUAUUCUUAAUUAGCCCAGUCAGAUUAGUAGGUAGCUGGACAAUAACGUUUAGUGUGUUUAGUAAUGUUGUCAUUAAUUAGCUACACUGCUGCUGGAAGAAGACUAGUGGCUUACAUGCGUAAGAGGCUGUUGUUCUUUACAUAACAUGGGUUACGAGAGCGACUAAUUAGUUUUGCACUAAAGAUGUUGCCUAACCGUAACGUUCAAUACUUUAUUUUAUUCACUGUGUUUGUAUGUGGUGUGUAGGCCUUCUACUGUUUUUUGUAAGUUCCUUGGCAGGACAAGGGAUUCCCCACCAGGGACGGUGAAGAUAUUGAUUCCUGUGCUGUACAGUCUGUUUAAUCCCUGGACCCUGUCUCCUCCUCCAGAGCCAUCUAUUUUGCUGCGUACUCCAGUGCCAAAGAGAGACUGAAUGAAGUGUUUGAGCCUGACUCUACACAGGUCCACAUGGUAUCUGCUGGCUUGGCAGGUAACAACACCAACCACCCACUUUCUAACACUAUACCAUGUAGUCUUUUUUUUAAACCGUUUUAUUUAUAGAUUUUUCAUUGGUAGGUAUACUUUUCAGUCAUUUAAUUUUUCUGUGAGUAUUUAGUCAACUGUAGCUAGUAAAAUUGGAUGAUAGCCUAACCUGGAGUGUCAUGUGAUGUGACCACUUCUAAUGUGUUAGUCAGACAUGCCAGAGGACUGGACCUGACUGGGUCAGUGGUGGUAAGUCCAGUCAAACCCAGACUGACUAGUUCUGUAGAGGUCCCCUACCUCACCUUCCUAUUAUAGGGUUAGGGUUCUAUAUUCUAGUCUCGGGCUACAGUAUACAGUUGAAGUCAGAAGUUUACAUACACUUACUUAGGUUGGAGUCAUUAAAACUUGUUUUUCAACCGCUCGACAAAUGUCUUAUUAACAAACUAUAGUUUUGGCUAAAUCCUAUAGAAAAUGUGUGGGCAGAACUGAAAAAGCGUGUGCGAGCAAGGAGGCCUACAAACCUGACUCCGUUACACCAGGAGGAAUGGGCCAAAAUUCACCCAACUUAUUGGGGAAGGUUGUGGAAGGCUACCCAAAACGUUUGACCAAAGUUAAACAAUUUAACGGCAAUGCUACCAAAUAGUAAUUGAGUGUAUGUAAACUUCUGACCCACUGGGAAUGUGAUGAAAUAAAUAAAAGCUGAAAUAAAUCACUCUACUAUUAUUCUGACAUUUCACAUUCUUAAAAUAAAGUGGUGAUCUUAACUGACCUAAGACAGGGAAUUUUUACUAGGAUUAAAUGUCAGGAAUUGUGUAAAACUUAGUUUAAAUGUAUUUGGCUAAAGUGUAUGUAAACUUCCGACUUCAACUGUAUCUGCCCAGCAGCUCUUAGCCUAUUGUUUCCUGUGACAGCUCCCCAUAUUACCUAAUCCUCUAGCCUAGUGGCUAAACUAGUUUCUGACAUGAGGCGUCCCUCUUUGUCUUUCCAUGUGCAUGUAAUUAGGACAUUAUUGUUUUUUCAAAGGCAAGGGAGUAGAAUAAAGUAUAUUUAUUUUUGACGUUCCAUCUGCAAAGCCUUUUUCAAGAAAAGUCUCAGUUAGGCCUAACAUAAUGCAAGACCUCAAACCUAGACAUUCCCCUAGGCCUCCUGUACGCAAACACUGGCUUAUCCCGUUUCCCCUGGCCGUUCCCCAAGUAAGCAUGCCUAUUAUCAUAAAAUUAUAUUGUAAAACUCAUACUUGUGCGCAAUUCCACACACACAGACGGACAGACAGACAUACACUGGCCUUUUCUAGAUGAGGAAAUAGUCUCUCUAGACGAUUCGUUCUGUCCAGUGUCACAGUGGUCCUAGGAGGAAUGCAAUAUGUCAUGUAGCCUAGACUCCUGGCUUCUACCCUUUUAGAAUUUAGGUCUGUCAGCCAAGCUGGGCUUUUAAAGAGCGCUGCGUGUUUGUGUAACGUGAACGUGAGACUGUGUUUUUGACAAGUUAACGUUAACACCCUAUCCUUCUGAGCAACAUGACUCGGUCCUUCCACCAGUCAAGUCAAGGUCAGCUCUGCUCUGCUUUAUUUAUUCUGCUCAUGUACGCCCCAAAUACCCCCUCUAGUGGCCACGCCAUGAGGUGCAGCUACCUGUAGAACCAGUAUUAGCCACCUAACAGGCUUCUCUCUGUGAUACAGGAGCUCAGGGAGGGGAAUAGACUGGCUCCAGUAUGAGAGUGAUGUGUUGACAGGCUGGUGAGAAAAGACGCCUGUUUGCCAUUGGUACAUCGUAGUUAUGUGAUACAGAGAGCUGUGUAGCCAAGUGGCUUCUGCAGAGCUAGGAAUAACCCUGAGAUCAGUGUCAACAUGACUCCCGGGCUAAAGUAGCCUAAUACUGAUAUUAUGGGAGUGUAACCUUUACACACACUAACAUGCACACACGUUACAUCACACAUGCUGUCACAACACAGAUAUCCUAGGCCUUGUCAUACUGUGGUAUGUUCAUGAGCUCCUCUCUCUCUUGAAAGUGGUGUUGACAGUUAAUUUAACCUGCCACUAUUUCUGAUCGUUUUAAAUUCCCCUGCACAUUUUAUUUAUUUAAUGACUGGUGCUUCAGAGAAGUUUUGGACAGUGUUUUGUUCUGCAGCUUGGUAGACAAACACUCCUAGUGUUUGUGCUGUUAGUCUAUUAAGUAAAGUGUGUCUAAAUGUGAGCUCUUCUCCUUCCUGUCAGGGUUCACAGCCAUCACAGCUACCAACCCUAUCUGGCUCAUCAAGACUCGUAUGCAGCUGGACUCCAGGUAAACACACACGUCUGACUCGGUAGUGGCUAGAGGUGGGUUUAGGAUGUGGUGUCGGUGUACACCGUCUCUGUCGGCUGUACCAUUAGUAAAUCCCUAUUACACCUGCCUUUCAUAGGAACCGCGGGGAGAAGCCCAUGAACGCGUUUGAGUGUUUGCGGCGGGUGUACCAGACAGAAGGCCUGCGAGGGUUCUACCGGGGAAUGUCAGCGUCCUACGCUGGAAUCUCAGAGACUGUGAUCCACUUUGUCAUCUAUGAGAGCAUCAAGCGUCGCCUCCUGGAGGCCAAGGCCGCGCAGCACAUGGACGAGGAGGGGGAGUCGUCCAAGGAUGCCUCAGACUUUGUGGGGAUGAUGCUCGCCGCUGCCACCUCCAAGACCUGUGCCACGUCCAUCGCUUACCCCCACGGUGAGAGCAUUGCAUCCUGGGAGCAGGAGGGUGGGAGUGGUCUGAGUGGAGGAUAGGGGGUUUAUAGUCAGUUGUGUGUUUGUAGUCCUUAGACUAGUUAGCACCUGUAGUUAGUAUUGGUUGUCCUUAGACCAUGUUACUGUGAGAGUAAAAUAUAUUGAAGUCCAGUAUAGAAUCUAGUAUUGGGAAAGUAUUUAUUUUGAAUGUAGCAGGAAAUGAGUGUGCUCCUUCUCCCCUCUACAGAAGUGAUCCGGACCCGGCUACGGGAGGAAGGCACCAAGUACCGUUCCUUCUUCCAGACUCUGACCACGGUGCCCAAGGAAGAGGGCUACAGGGCGCUGUACCGCGGCCUCACCACCCACCUGGUGCGCCAGAUCCCUAACACCGCCAUCAUGAUGUGCACCUACGAGUUAGUGGUCUACAUGCUGAACGGUUAA